AUGUGGAAUUUGCCGAGCGAGUUCAUCACGUCGCUUCAAUCACUCGCUCCAGCACACGCUCAUGAUGCGGCGACCUCACUAACUCGUUUUGCCAAGUCGCUACCCGAGCUUCCUCGUCUCCAGCUUCAGCCGUCGUCUCCUUCAUCGUCACUGGCUCACGGCCUCUCUAUCUCCCGUGGCCGUGCUCAUUCUCGUCGUCGGGAUCAUCCCUCACCGCGACCGGAUGCCAUCGACGUGAGGUCUCAUGUCCACGACCUCUCCAUUUCUCGAGCUAUCCUCCUCCAGGUCGUGCUCUCAGGUGCUCGAGUCCCAUCGUCGUCGAGCUUUGCCGUGGUUGGAAUCAGCCUCGCCGUCGUUCGCACUCAUAAGGCCAAGGUGGCAUGGGAGGAUCUUUGCUACCCGAAAGAAGAAGGAGGGCUUGGUAUUCGUAAGCUUCGGGACUCGUCUACUGUUUUUGCGCUGAAUCUUAUAUGGAGGUUGUUUACUCAGGCUCGUUCCUUGUGGGUUUCUUGGAUUCAAGAAUAUUUGCUUAGACAGAACUCUUUUUGGGAUAUCAAGGAGGACAACAAGGGGUCUUGGAUGUGGAGAAAGAUUCUGAAGUUGAGGCCGCUGGCUUAUCAGUUCAUCCGGUUUGAGGCUAGGGAUGGUAACACUGCUUUCUUCUGGUUUGAUGAUUGGUUACAAAUGGGGAGGCUAAUCGAUAUCACAGGUCCUGUUGGUACAUGCCAUCUUGGCAUUGCGCGAAAUGCUCGGCUUAAAGGUGCUGUUCUACACUCUCGAUGGAACAUAAGAGGGCUUAGAAACCGUUAUUUUCAUGCUCUCUAUGAUCGCAUACAAACUGAGCCAGUUCCGAAUGAUUGUUCUGGAAAUGAUGUAAUCCUUUGGAAGCAUGAUGAUGAUACAUACAGGCCCUGUUUCUCAUCGCGGCGAACGUGGGAUCAGAUCAGGUCAAGAAAGGCCACAGCUUUUUGGAGCAAAACUGUCUGGUUCACGCAAGGCGUUCCGCGAUUCUCAUUUAUUGUUUGGCUGGCCGUGCUAAAUAGACUAUCCACAGGCGACAGAAUGAGAGUGUGGGGACUUCAGCAGGGGACUGAUCCCAACUGGAUGUGCACUUUGCAGUUUGUGAGUACUAACUCUCUCUGCAAUAUGGACAAAAUUCUGUUAAAGAUGGUGUUUCAGAGCUGCAUCUAUCACCUGUGGAGGGAGCGGAACGAGAGGAGACAUCACACAGGUUUUCGGACAGUGGACCAAGUAUAUCAGAUCAUUGACAAGUCUAUACGUAAUAGGAUCACGUCUCUGCGUUAUAGGGUGAACCACAAGUUGGCUGGUAUAAUGCAAAGGUGGUUUGCAGUAACAGCAUAG